AAAAUAAUAAAAUAAAACAAUACAUUGCAUCACAGUAGCGGUCGGUCGAUUUAAUGAAAAGCAGACUUUUGAGCAAGCUAAGUCAUUCUAGUGUCGGUUCCCCUACGGAGGGUCUUUUUGGGAAGGCCGGAAGUAAGCGUUACUAAGCAACGCCGCGGUUGUUCGGGCAACGGAUCCCGUAUCCGCCCCUCGCUUUUUUCCGUGGAAGUUUUAAAGCGCCGAAAGACACGCAGAUAACUAAUAAUGAUUUAUUUUACGAUGAGUCAGAGGUUGUGGAGUUUGCUGUAGUUGUUGCCGGCCAGAGGAGCCGAAUGCCGGUGCCAGCGUCAAUGGAGUCGGAGCGAACCCGGAAACAAAACAGAACAAACAAUGCGAACUUUCUGUUUCUCACGCCCACGGUCAACAGCUGCAAAUUGCGCCUGAAGACGGUCAAAUCGCUCCCAAAUGGAGGCCAUCGGCCGGCGUCCUCUCCGGAUUUUCUAAAGGACCCCUGUUUGACCGUCACAGCCAUAAGUCCUCCUCACCCAGGGGGUGACGUCCGACACAAACACAGCAGGCCCGCUCACAGCGCGGGGGCCAGGUACUACCAUCACGCCUCAGUCCCCCACAAGACUGCAGGAGUCUCCGGAGCGCAUCAUUUCAACGCCACCUCUGGCUUCCCCCUCAUUCACUUCCACUGGGAUGGCGCCCUAUCCAGUCUUCAACGCAUUGACCUGGACAGGCGGUGUCUGCAAGAGUGCCCUCAACUCGGCAUCAUGGAAGACCUGCAGGUUCUGAACCUGCAGCACAACCUGAUCGCAAACAUCAGCCGUCUGUCGCUGCUGCAGCAGCUUGUGGUCCUCAACUUGUACGACAACCACAUCUCUGACAUGAGCGGCAUCGAGGAGCUCGCCUGCCUCAGGAUCCUCAAUCUGGGGAAUAACAGGAUCCAUCAAAUAUCCUCCCUGGACAACCUACACAGACUCAACAUCCUGGAUUUGCACCACAAUCAGAUCUGCAGGAUGGAGAACCUGAACCACCUGAAGGAGCUGCAGGUGUUGAACUUGGCGGGAAACAACAUCGCCAAAGUGGAGAACCUCCAAGGCAUGGACUGUUUAACCGAACUCAACCUACGACACAACCGCAUCUCGGACGUGACCGAGGUAGACCGACUGCCUCGCUUGCAGCGCCUCUUUCUCAGCUGCAAUAACAUCACCAGUCUCCAUCAGCUCGGCUGCACCGGAGAGUCACGCUCCCUUUCUGAGCUCACCCUGGAUGGGAACCCUGUAGCCCUGGAGACAUGGUACAAGCAGGCCGUCCUGCGCUGUGUGCUUCACCUCAGACAGCUGGACAUGAAGCGCAUCACCGAGGAGGAUCGGCGCAUGGCUGGUGUUCAGGCACGGAAAGAGGAGGAGAAGAAGAAGGAGACUCAAAAGCAGACCAUUCAUCGGGAGAAGCGGCGUCUCGCCAUCCGUAAUGCGGCUCAGCAGUGGGAGGGUGUCGCAGCCUGCCUGGAGCCGCCGUCGACGAACGGCGCCAAAGAAGAGGUCAGCCCCGAGAACAGCCCGGCCCACUGCCCUACGCAGACCAAUGGGCUGGCUCAGGAGCCUUCGCCCGAUGAGCCAAGGCGGGUAAGUCCAGGCGCUGGACCAGAACGAGUGAUGUGUGGCGGACCAGAGAGCAGAUUCCGUACCAACAGCCGUCCAAACAGCCCUCGAGAUCCAAAGCUCGCCGAGGCAGGCAGCGUUCAGAGUCUGUCGCUGUCUGACAGUCACCUGGCCGAGCUGGACGGGGACACGCUGCGGCUGUUCGGACCCGGCGCCCUGGAGGCGCUGGAGAGGGGCUGGGGCGCUCAGACGGCCGGCGCCGUCACCGUCAUCACCUUCCGCUACAUUCACUUUGACGCCAUCGUACCGACGCUGCCGAGAGUCAGGGUCAAGUUCCCCAAUCUGGCGCAUCUCAUCUUCCUGGAAAGCAACAUCAGCCGCCUGCCGCAGCUGGCUGCCCUGGCUCAGGUGAGGCGUCUGGACCAGCUCACCAUCCACCCCGAGGGCAACCCGGUGGUCGGCCUGGCUCUGUGGCGCUCCUUUGUCAUCUACCGCCUCCACCACUUCAACAUGCAGAAGAUCAACGGCCAGGAGGUCACCAUGAACGACAUCAUCGCCGCCGAGCGCGUCUUCGGCACGCUGGGUCACAUAGCGGCCACCGAGACGCCGCGUUGUCGCCUCCUCCUGCUGCUGGAGGAGUCCAGGAAGCGCCAGCUGCAGUUCCUGUUGGAGGGGCGUGGCCGGCGGGCGGGACUCAGCCCAGAGGAGCUGCGAGACAACGGGAAGCUCCUGGGCGAAGGUCUGAGCCGAGCGCUGUUCAACUACCCGAGCCGGGACAGCAGCAUGGACAGCCCUGAGGUCUGCAUUGACGAGGGUGCAGUGGAGCCAUCAGAGCGGGCCACCAUGGUGGACCAGUACCUCCAGGACCUGGUGCGCAGGGCCUCGGACACCAACCUGAAGGGCGAGGCCCUCCACACGCUGUGGCCCUCCAUGUUUGCCGACAUGGUCAGGGACUGCGUGCUGGAGAUGAGGGACCGAGCGGCCUUUCGCCAAGCCAGCCUUGCCAAGCUCUCCAAGUGAACGCCUCGCCGUCGUCCAUCUUCUUUCCCACUAAAGACACGCUCUCACCUCCUGACCUUUCCACUUAACUGACUUUUUGAGUCUGACAGGUUUAGCUCCCCCAGUCGCGUGCGGGAAGCACCUUCUCCUGAUGGAUGUACGCCGCUUUAAGGACUCGUGGAUUGAAUGUAGAGUCGGGACAGUCUUUCGGAGCUGCAUCAUACUUGAAGAGAGUCAUCAGCGUCAUCAGCUUGAAAUGACCAGGACCUUUUUUUUUCUGAGAAUGAACUUUGCAGUGUCUUAAACCUCAUCUAACGGUCUAAUGAUCUAAUGUUCCUCACUGUCUCCUUGCCUGACGCAGGACACAGAGGAGGACACUGGAUUUCUCUAUCAUUCUGCACUUGGUAGUCAAAUAAAUUCUCUAUCCACAUGCG